UUGGGAAGUUGAACCAAUUUGAUUGCCACUACAACACAGCAAGAGUGAGUGAGUUAUCGAGUGAAGAAGACUGAAACGAUGCCGUGCCUGAAUCUCUCUACCAACGUUGCCCUCGACGGCGUUGACACCUCUUCCAUUCUCUCCGAAGCCACCGCCACCGUCGCCAAGAUUGUUGGCAAACCUGAGGCUUAUGUGAUGAUUGUAUUGAAAGGAUCUGUGCCCAUAUCUUUUGGUGGGAAUGAGCAGCCUGCAGCUUAUGGUGAAUUGGUGUCUAUUGGUGGUCUUAACCCUGAUGUGAACAAAAAACUCAGUGCUGCAAUCGCUUCUAUUCUUGAAACCAAGUUGUCUGUGCCCAAGUCAAGAUUCUUCUUGAAAUUUUAUGACACUAAGGCCCAUCAGAGUCAAGAAUAUGCACAAUGUUUGCAUGCUUUACACCAGCACUAGAUCAUGGUUCCAACUUUGGAUGGAACGGGUCUACAUUCUGAAUUUCUCCUUACCUUGGUCGUGUUGCUUUGGAUGUUGAAGUGGUUAUUAUGUUUCAGAAUGGUUACUAUAAAUUUCUGAUUCCCUAGUGAGGACAUUUUGCCGUUGUAGUUAGAUUAAGCUCAAGGACAGACAUUAUUUGGUAAUGCCUAAUAUGAGCAUUGGUUUUGAUUGGGAAUCAUGUAGGGUUAAACUUGAGAUCUUGAUGAUACUUGAGAUUUCCUUUUGAUAUUAAUAUGACGGUAUAAUAUA